AUGUUUAUCAAUAUGUUCAGUUGCAAAGAGAAGAAAGACAAAGGAAGAAAUUACUGUGAAAGGAAAGGAUGGAAUAAAAAAAAAAAAAUUAGAAAAAAGUUUGACUAUGCUCUUGCUUGGGGCAAUUUACAGAUGUUUGAUUUCAAUCAUCGAUUACUCAGUGAUAAAGGUAGAAUUCAUUUAUGGCCAAUGCCUCAAGGAAUGGAUGAUCUACUGAACCCCAUUGGAAUUCCAGGUUCAAAUCCAAACCAAGAUUGCCCCUGUUUGGACAUCGAAUUUGAUAAAUUUUCACAUUCUGUAACAUUUGAUAUGGAAAAAUUUGAUGAAUACUGCAGGCGGAAUUCCCAAGAUGGUUACACUCAGGACAGCUAUGUAGAGCAUAGACCACCUGAUGAGAAACAGAUGAAGCAAUUAGAGGAGUUAGUCAGUCGUGACCCUCUCUCAGAAUUGUCGGAACAAGAGAAGGACUUUGUUUGGAAGCUCCGGAAUACAUGUCUUGUAUUACCACAUUCACUACCAAAGCUGCUGAAUUCUGUAAAAUGGAAUGAUAGAGGUGAUGUUGCAGAGAUCUAUCGGUUGCUGCAGAAAUGGCCAACUCUUUCACCAGAAGAUGCCUUGGAACUACUUGAUUGCUCCUAUAUGGACACAAAUAUCAGGAACUUUGCUGUUGACUGUUUAAAUAAAGGACUGACCAAUGACAAACUGUCCCAGUAUCUUUUACAAAUUGUCCAGGCACUAAAAUAUGAACCCUAUUUAGAUAACUGCUUAACAAGGUUUCUUUUAAAAAGGGCCUUGUUGAACCAAAGGAUUGGUCAGUUCUUCUUCUGGCAUCUUAGAUCUGAAAUGCAUGAAACAUCCAUCCGUCUAAGGUUUGGUUUGAUAUUAGAAGCUUAUUGUCGGGGAUGUGGAGCAUUCCUGAGGAACCUUCUCAAACAGCUGGAAGCAUUAGACAAAUUGGCUAAGCUGUCAGAUAAAAUGAAGUCGGAUUUUAUGCGAGAAGAAGAUCAAAAACGUUUCCUUACUGAGCAACUCUCCCAAGCUGAUUAUCAAGAAGCUCUUCAACGAUUCAUCUCUCCACUCAACAACAGCCACAUGCUUGGAGACAUACUAGUUCAACAUUGCUAUUUAAAAUCCUCCAAAAAACGUCCAUUGUGGCUUGUAUGGCAAAACCCAGAUCCCUUGGCUGAAUAUUGGUUGUCAUACUACAAACUCAUUUUCAAGAAUGGAGAUGAUUUAAGGCAGGAUAUGCUGACAUUGCAGGUGAUCAGGAUUAUGGACUCCAUAUGGAAAAAUGAAGGCAUAGAUUUAAGAAUGAUACCUUAUGGAUGCUUAUCAACUGGAAAAGAAAUGGGGCUCAUUGAAGUUGUUCCUGCUGCCAAAACUGUGAUGGCCAUUCAACACAGAGGAGGCAAAGCUGCUUCAAUGCAACUUGACAGUUCUCAGCUUCAUAAAUGGAUCCGGGAACGUAAUCCAAAAGAACAGUAUGACGUUGCCAUUGAUACAUUCACAAAAUCAUGUGCGGGAUACUGUGUAGCAACUUUCGUUUUAGGAAUUGGAGACAGACAUUCCGAAAAUAUCAUGCUGACAGAAGAAGGACAGGUAUUCCAUAUUGAUUUUGGCCACUUUUUGAACCACAAGAAAAAGAAGUUUGGGAUUAAUCGUGAGAGAGUGCCUUUUGUGCUUACAGAAGACUUCAUCAAAGUGAUAGCAAAGGGUGCUGAUCAACCACAAAAGAACAAACUCUUUGAAGAAUUUCAAGAGUUAUGUGGUACUGCUUACCUAGCCUUGCGGAAACAUGCCAAGCUUUUCAUUACCCUAUUCACACUGAUGUUGUCUUGCAGCAUCCCAGAGCUGCAGUCCCUUGAUGACAUUGGCUAUCUUCGCAAAACCCUGGCCGUAGAAAAAUCCGAGCAGGAAGCUGCAACUUACUUCCAAGAGCACUCUGGUUGGCAUCAUCACUUAUAUGCUGGUCAUUUUUGUUUGCUGAAUGUUUCCACUAAAUCUUGUUCACUUUUAAUUCCUUCUUCUCUCUUUUUUAUUCAUUUUUUUUUCUCUGUACUACUAUCUCUCUCUCUCUCUCUCUUUCUGCCACUCUUCUCUCUCUCUCUCUCUCUUCUUUCUCUCUCUCUUCUCUCUCUCUCUUCUCUCUCUCUCUCUCUGCCUCUCUUCUCUCUCUCUCUCUCUGCCUCUCUUCUCUCUCUCUCUCUCUGCCUCUCUUCUCUCUCUCUCUCUCUCUGCCUCUCUUCUCUCUCUCUCUCUCUCUCUCUCUUCUCUCUCUCUCUCUCUCUCUCUCUCUCUCUCUCUCCUCUCUCUCUCUCUCUCUCUCUCUCUCUCUCUCUCUCUCUUCUUUCUCUUCUCUUCUUCUCUCUCUCUCUCUCUUUCUCUCUCUCUCUUCUCUCUCUCUCUCUCUCUCUCUCUCUCUCUCUCUCUCUCUGUCUCUCUCUCUCUUCUCUGUCUCUCUCUCUUCUCUCUUCUCUCUCUCUCUUUCUCUCUUCUCUCUCUCUUUUCUCUCUUCUCUCUCUCUCUCUUUAA